AUGUUGGACUGGGCAUCUACAUUUCCGGGAUAUACACAAUUAUUAACCACAGCCAAAAAAGUAUUCGGAAGGGUCAUCCAAACGGGACCUACCCCGAGGCACGUAGGAAUGAUUAUGGAUGGGAAUAGAAGGUACGCCAAAACCCACAAGAUUGAGCUUAAAGAAGGCCAUAAUAUGGGAUUUGAGAGUAUGGCCAAUAUUUUGGAAUUAUUGUACGAGUCUGGAGUUGAAUGUGCUACGGUAUAUGCGUUUUCGAUUGAGAACUUCAAACGACUGAGUUACGAGGUCAAUUGGUUAAUGGAUCUCGCUAAGCUGAAGUUCAAACAAAUAAGUCAGAAUGGUGAGCUAUGCGAGCAAUACGGAAUCAAAAUAAAGAUCUUGGGGAGCACUGAGCUAUUGCCACCGGAUGUAUAUACCAUCUUGAAGGAAACCGAAGAAAUAACUAAAGAUAACACAAGAGCAGUGUUGAAUAUUUGCUUUCCAUAUACGUCGAGAGAUGAAAUUACCAGCACCAUCAAAAAUAUUGUUAAUGAGUCAGUGCAAAACAACGACUUUGUGGUUGACGAAAAUACUGUUGACAGGUUUUUAUACACUUCAAAUUCUCCUCCGUUAGACAUUUUACUUCGUACUUCGGGUACCUUUAGACUCUCAGACUUCCUAUUAUGGCAAUGCGUAUCCUCAUCCUGCUCGAUUGUUUUCGUCGACAAGUUAUGGCCCGAGUUUGGACCUUGGGAUAUGUGUAAGGUUUUGAUCAAUUGGAGUUUCAACACAUACUGGUACGGUAAUGGAAGUGGUUAUUCUACGUCAAAUAAGAACGUGCGUAAAAACACCUAUCAACUUCAACCGGACAUUGAAAAAGGCACACUUAUUCCAAUCACAAACUCAAAAGGUGCAAGUGGGUUUGAGAGAUACACCUCUGAAUUUGAAGACGAUGAUGACGAAAAUAGUGAUGUCUAUCAGAGUGAUAUUGAAGACAACAAUUUUGUGAAUGAGUCUGAUACUGCUACAUCAGAAAACGAACCAGACUGGAAAAAAUCCAAUUAA